AUACGUCAUACGGCGACUACAUAAAUAUAGCACAAAGGCUGCACAGAAGCAGUGGGUGCUUGCCUCUUGACAUAAACUUAUUAAAGCUUCAUAAUGAAACUGUCGAUUUUUGUGUUCCUAACAGCGGCUUGCUUCGCGAACUCGGAGGAUUUUUUACCGUCCUACAUUACACCAUGCGAGCUAAAAAAGAGUGAUUUCAAAAAAUGUGUGCGAGUUCAGUUGGAAAAAAGUCUGCCAUUAUUUGCAAAAGGAAUACCAGAACUUGGAGUGCCGACUAUCGAUCCAGUGGAUUUGAACGAUAUACACAUUGAUGGAAGUGGUUUAAAAUUGACCUUCACAAAUGCAAAAAUGCACGGCCUCUCAAAGGUCUCCUUGAAGGAUUUGGACAUCGACAUCGGCGAAAAGGAAGAAAAAUUCAAACUUAGUUUGAAAGGCAACCUGAGUAUGACUUCGACUUACAACGCAGAUGGAAAAAUUUUAAUCCUACCUAUUAAAGGAGAUGGCGACGCAUUUAUUGAAUGUCGAAACGUGGAAGUGGAGAUUAACAGCAAGUUGUUGCAUAUAAAUGAUAGCAAUGGGGAACAUUUUAAGUUACAAACGCCGCACUACAAAUAUAAUAUCGAAAAAACUACUUUCGACUUAAGAAACCUGUUCAAUGGAAACAAACAACUUGCGGGAACCACCCUACAAUUCGCGAAUGAAAAUUGGCGACAGCUCAUGGAUGACCUCGCACCACCCGUCAUCAAGCAGAUAGUUAAAACUAUUGUUAAAGAUAUAAACAAAUUCUUCUCCAAAGUUCAAAUUUCCACUAUUGUCCAAGGUUAUAACCAGUAAUUAAUGUAUUACAUUAUUAGGUAUACUUUCUAUAGAGCGUACUUGGGCUGUCAUUCUUCAGCGAUAGAAUUUACGGAGCCAGUACGAUUCAUAGAAAAUUAAACCCUGUUCUGUACUUAAAAGGUUCUAUUUAUAAUGGUAAUACGUAGGUCCUGGAGAGCAAAUCUUCCACAAAUCUAGGAGCAAAUCUAAUGACAAUUAUUGCAUAGAAGGCUGAUAUAAAAUAAAUGAACAAAACAGGAUUUCAACAAUUGUUUGGCCAACGCAAUAUUAAAAUGGCUUCCAAGUGCGUUGUAUGGAUUUAGUUCAUCCGCAUUUGUCAGAAUGUAAGUUGGCAAACAAAAUAGGCUUAUGGCUAUUGUCUUUGUUAUAAUCUUUUAAAUAAAACUUCUUAAAUGGAUGAACAUUUAUUAAAUGUAUUACUUCUAAGGCUAAGUACAUAUAAAUUGUAUUUUAUUGCUCUUAGAGAUCCAUGUCGUAUCUUAUGUGAGCGUCGUCUUGAUUGACAGUUCUUAAAUGAUUAUAGAAUCUUGUAUAAUUUUCUGACGAAUACAAGUUUGAGGUUUCGAUUGUUGAUGUUCUUGUCAGGUAAUUGUACAAUUACAAGCAACAUUUCCUUUUAAAAAAUAUUGUGGUCAAACCAGCUUAACAGUAUUAUUAAUAUAGAAAUCAACUCGAUUUAAUUUCUCACGGCAAGUUUCAAGUUCGGUUCAAGUUUUAUAAUGUCACAAGGAAAUGUCGCUUGCUAUAUCCAAAAUAUUUAUAUUUGUGAUUUCCGUAAAGUUAAGUAAAAUAAAAUGUAUUUUUAUA